UACACACUCCUGUACAGUAGGUGGCGCUAUGCACCAAAUAGUUGUCACCCACCAUUAACAAGAACAAGAAGUACAGUUCAGUUUAAAAUGUUUGGCGCUAUAGUGUGUAAAUACGAUGCAACAUCUUAGACUUAUUAUCGCCAUUUUUAUUUCUGGAAUCUUUGACAAAGCUCUAACAGCAGUGAUCCAAACACAGCAGACUGUGCUGGCAGCAGUGGGAGAAGAUGCUGAAUUCAGCUGUCAGCUCUUGGAGGCUAAAGACGUCCUUCAGGUCACAUGGCAGAAAAUCUCAGGUGAUGGAGGGGAGAACGUUGCCACCUACAACAAGUACUUUGGUCAGAGAGUGAAUGAUGGAUUUACAGAUAAAUUUAAGUUUAAAUAUACUGGACUACAGAACUGCUCCAUAGUCAUCAGGAAUGUGGUGGAGCAGGAUGAAGCCUGCUAUCACUGUCUGUUUAACACUUAUCCUGAAGGCUCCUUCAUUGGUAAACCCUGCCUCCAAGUCUAUGAGCUGCAUGAACCUGUUCUUGAUGUCAGAGAGUCAAACUCUCCUGCAGAGUGGGUUGUUUCCUGUUCAGCCACUGGUCGACCUGCUCCCACUGUGACACUCAGUGUCUCACAACACCACCUCAACUUCUCCCAGUACAACACUGUCAGUGUGUCCAACACCAACGCUACAUUCACUGUCACCACUACAGCUGUGCUCUCAGGUUCACGGAGAAACAGCACACAGGUGGGAUGUGCAGCACGAGUGCUCUCUGCUCCUCAGAUAGAGGUCAUUCAGGUCAUUCCUGAGGAUGAUGAUGAUGAUGGUGAUGGUUUGGAUGAGAAAUCAGGAUCUAAUCACAGAAGUUUAGGAAUCAGGAUUUUAGUCAUUCUGUCCUCUGUGUUGUUGGUUGUCUGUGUUGCUGCUCUCAUGUUUGUCCUGCACAGACAGAAAUCUCAGAGCAGUCUGGCUCACAGGGAGCUCCAGAUGAAUGAAACUAUGAGCAGAGACACUCAGGAGAUUGUAACUCCUCCUGUUAACCGAAGUGAAAAUCAGCUCAAAAAGCGGACGCCUCCUGAGAGUCACCAACCAAACCAUGAUCCAGGACUUUCACCUUCACCAACACAAAGACUCACUUUUAAAUAAUGUGGACUUUCUUUUGUUUUUUGCAGCUGUGGUGUCUUUCCUGAAGACAUUAAAAAAAGACACUAGCUAUUAUUGAUCUCAGUUAAGCCUUCAAAUAGUUCUGAGUCAGGAUUAACUAGUGCUGCAACUAUGAAUUAUUUUAGUAAUCGAUCACGAUUCGUUCUUGUAGCUACAGCUGAAGUAAAAUAAAAAAAAAUAACAGCUGAAAUUCUCAACACAGUCAGUGCAACACGCACACACGGCAAAGAGCAGUGGAGGUGUGGAAAGAAACGUGUCAGUGAUGAUACACUCGGUCGCAGCGACAGAGAAGUUUAAUGGUGCUAAUGUGGAUGAAACAAUCUGCUUACACGGAGGCACCUGAGCUGCAGAGUUUAAACGAAGCAACAAAUUUGUGUCGAGGAUUUUUUAUAAUCAAAUUAUUGGAAUUACUUGAAUCGUUGCAGCCUUAGUCUUAGCGGGUUUUAAUCACUGUGGAAAGUGUUCAUGUAAAGCUGAAGUGCAUGUGUUCACUUCCACAUACUUUAGUUCUCAGCCUGCGUGCCCUCUUUGUCUUUGAAAAACAAAUUUAUGGACUUAUUAAUUUAUACAACACUGAUGUUUCUCUUGAGUGAAAAUGUGCUUGAAUGGUUCAAACAGGGAAACACUUUUUACCACAGACCUCACUAACAGCUCAGCGUGGCUGUCACAGUACAGGAGGAUGGAUUGAUUAUUGGAGAUGUUUCAGUUAUAGAAUUGGUGCAAGCCAAUAGUACAUGCACCACCUUUGAGCUGACAGCUGUUACUUUAAAAUGUUUCUCAGUCUUUGCUUCAAAGGCUGAGGGAACUUGGAUGCUAAAAAUGUUUCCGUUACUUUGAUUUUAAUUAAUUGUUGGAUGCAGCUGAAGUGUGUUGUACAGUAUUACUGAAUAAAGUCUUGAAUUAUAUCCAAGACUUCAUUCAACAAUACGGAAUGAUUUUAAUGUAGGCAUUGUGUAUUUGAGACAGCAGGUACUGAAGGUAGGUCACUGAGGUAGUUCCUUGGUGGCAGGGCCCCGUGAGGUGGAUGAGAAUCGCCCUGAGUUCCUGAAGGCCCUGGAUGUUGUAUGACUGUCUUGGUUGGCAUGUCUCUGCAACGUUGUGACUGGGGUGGUAUUUCCCAUCUUCAAGAAGGGGGACUGGAGGGUGUGCUCAGACUAUUGGGGGAAUUACACUCCUCCGCCUCCCCAGAAAGCUCUAUGCCAGGGUGCUGGAAAGGAGAGUUUAUUUGUUAUUCAGACCUCAGCUUCCAGAGGAACAAUGUGGUUUUCAUCCUGUUCGCAGAACACUGGACCAGCUCAUUAUCCUCUCAAUAAUAUUCAGGUGUGUGGGCAUUUGCCCAUCCAGUAUACAUGUGUUUUGUGGACCCGGAGAAGUCAUUCAAACAUUGGUUCGUUAGUCGUGAAGAGAGCUGAGUGUAAAAGCAAAGCUGUCGACUUACUGGUUGAUCUACGUCCCUACCCUCACCUCUGGUCAUGAGCUUUGGGCAGUUACUGAAAGCACAAGAUCACAAAUACAAGCAAGAGAAAUGAGGUUCCUCCGAAGGGUGAGGGUGCUCCUCCAUAUCGAAAAGGCCCCUGUUGAGGUAGUUCGUUCAUCUGACUAGGAUGUCUCCCGGGUGCUUCUUGGUUGAGGUGUUCUAGGCAUGUCCUACUGAGAGGACGCCCUGGGGCAAACCAGGACAUGCUGGAGAGAUUAUAUCUCUUGCCUGGCCUGGGAACGCCUUGGUGAUUCUCUGGAUAAGCUGGAGGAGGUAGAUGGGGAGAGGGAGGCAAUAUACGUGGGGGAAAAAAAAUGGAUGUUGACAGAGCUUUUGCCUAAAUGUGUAACUCUUAAGCAAUUCAGUAACAACAGUCAAAUGAGAAAACUCAAAUGUAUUCAGACAGAUUUACUGAUUAUUUAUGUGUUUCUCAGAUUUUCUGUUUUAGAAAGUGGUGUUAAAGUUUGACAAAAACAAUUACUGUUAAACAGAAACAUUCUUAAAACAUGAAUUCUUUUUAAUGUUUUGUGCAUUGAUGUUUUCUUAUUAACACUGUGAAUUUUCCUGUUUACAUUUUCAUCUAUUUUUUACGUUUGACAACAUUCAAGAAAUUAAAAGUUGGUUAUAAAAAUUAAUGCGUAUUUUGGCAGUUCUGAGUUACUUUAAGAUUGAUAAACGUGAGAUCUUUGAUGGAAAAUCAGUAGGUGUAACUAACAUGAAACUCAGGUUCAUGUAAAAACAGCACACAGGCGAGAUCUACCGUACGAGUGCUCUCCCUUCCUCAGAUAGAGUUGAUUGUGAUGAUUCUUGAGAUCAAAUAUAUGCCAGCUAAUGUUGGUGAGAA